AUGGGCUCAAGAGGGGCGAUUUCAAGGGUUCAGAGGGGUUCGGGGCUCAAGGGUUUGGAGCUUAGGGAGGACGGUCGCAAGCGAAACUCGAUUUUUGAGUUUCGGGUGCCUAUGGUGCAGCGCUGCUUCAGCAGUUUCACUGGCAUGCACACCACACCUGAACAAUGGGGCCAGGCGGCCCGGGGCUUUGCCCAGGCUGGGCUGGGUCUGCGCUCUUGCGCUGUCCAUGCCGCCGCCGCCUACCUGGCUUCUGUGGGUUCCAGCUUGAAGGGCUGUGCUGAAAUUUAUCCUGCCUUCUCAGCUACAGCGGUGAAGGCUUCACAGGGGCUUCUCGGUGCGUGGCACAGCUGGCAGGGUGCUACGGCGCAGGCGCAGUCGCUCGAGGCGGUCUUAAGCAGCUACCUGUCCCAGCAACUGGAUGCCGCCGGCUGGGAUGCUCAGCUGCGCCAGGCCAGCGCUGUUGCUAAGGCCAGCCUGCAAUCGGAGGCUGGCCUGGGUGCGCGGGCGUUUCUGAACGCGGUGCCAUGCGGUGGCACUCGCAUGGAGCCUGCCGGGUUCUUCGCAUGCGUCUUGGAGUGGCUGACGCGGUUGAAGAUGGCUGGUGCCCCCGUUGCGACGGCGUGCUGGAUCGCUGGAACUACCACGCUGGCAUGUGUGUGGCGGGAGGGGAGCGCACUCAGCGCCACCAUGCUGUGCGCGAUGUGGUUUACCGCUGGGCGGAGCGAGCAGGCCUUCAACCAGUCAAGGAGGCCCCAGGCCUUCUGCUCCCACAGCGUCCUGAGGAUUGCCAAGCGGCCCGGCGCCGCCCCGCAGAUGUCUACAUUCCCGCCUUGGCGGGGGGUCCUGCUGCAUUGGAUUUCGCCGUAA